AUCUUCAUCGGCCAUCAUCACCUUACCGAACCCAGCAGUUCAGGUCUUGACCGGCAUACCGUCUUAACACCAACAAUCAACUCAAGAUGUCUUUCCAGAAGCCUGAGAAGGAGUUCGGCGAGGGCCCUAAGGUCCACAAGAUCCGCAUCACCCUCACCUCCCGCAAGGUCGCCUCCCUCGAGAAGGUCUGCCAGGAGCUGAUCGACCGCGCUCGCUCCAAGUCCCUGCAGGUCAAGGGCCCCGUUCGUCUGCCCACCAAGACCCUGAAGAUCUCCACCCGUAAGACCCCCAACGGUGAGGGUUCCAAGACCUGGGACAAGUACGAGAUGCGCAUCCACAAGCGUCUCAUCGACCUGCUCGCCCCCACCGAGACCGUCAAGCAGAUCAUCAUCAACAUCGAGGCUGGUGUUGAGGUUGAGGUCACCAUUGCUGCUUAAAUGCACUAGUUCCGCAAUGGACUCAGGGAGGGUCUCGGGAUCGAUUGUUUGUAGUGUCGAG